AUGAGAUUUAGUUCAAUAUUAAACAAAGAUUAUAGUCAACGAUUACGGUUCAAGAGAAGAAUAUGGAUAUUAUUAAUAUUUAUUAUUGUUUUAAUCUAUCUAUUUUAUAUUAUAAUCGAAAAUGAUACAUCUCUAAAGAAAAGAACAAUACAAUUUUCCGAUGUAUCUUCUAAAAAUUUUCUUGAUGGUUGUCGUUAUAUUUAUAUUGAUAUGGGAACAAAUAUUGGUGUACAAAUUCGUAAACUUUAUGAACCACAAUUAUAUCCAAAUGCAUCUGUUGUUCCACUUUUUAAACGAAUUUUUGGUAAACAUACAAAAGAAGUUUGUUCAGUUGGUUUUGAAGCAAAUCCUAUUCAUUCGAAUUAUUUAAAAGAAUUUGAAAAAUAUUGUUUAAAACGUAAUUAUCGUGUGAAAAUUUUUACAUCAACUGCUGUUAGUAUUUCAAAUGGAAUUCAAGAUUUUUAUAUCCAAUCUAAUAAUAAAUUCUAUAAUUACUGGGAUUCAAGUUUAUUACCGAAUUCUAAUAAAACAAAAAUCUCUGUAACAACUAUUGAUAUUGCAUCUUGGUUUAAAAAUAUUGUAUUAAAUAGAAAUAUUUCAUCAACAAUUAUGAUGAAAACAGAUAUUGAACAACAUGAUUCAAUUGUAUUAACAAGUCUUAUAUUUAGUGGAGUUUAUUGUUCAAUAGAUCUUAUAUAUGGUGAACAUUUUAAU